GCAGGUGCCGCCGCCGCCUCCCGGGGACAGGAGCCGCCGCGGGGCCGGCCGGCGGCCGCCCGGGCCGGGGAGGAGCCGCCCGAGAAGCGAUGCAGGAAGCCAUUACCAUAACCGAGCAGCCGGUCUCUGUCUCUGUCCCGGUGGGAUACUCCUUCACGCUGCGGUGCCGAGCCCAGGGACAUACCUCGCUGCAGUACCAGUGGUUUUGUCAGUACCAGUCUGACUACUGCCUGGUUCCUGGAGCAACCAACCAAGACUUGCCCAUCAUUGCAGAGCAGACCCAGCUCUACACCUGCAGAGUCAAUGACCUCCACAGGAAUGCUGUCUUCUCCGACUGGGUGAAAGUAGAGGUCCAUCAGUGUGUUGCCAGAGGUCUGCCCCCUCGGCUGUGGCAAGGAGAACCAGUCAUUGUCCUGAACCCCAGGGAGCAGCGGGUGGAGGUGGGGCAGCCGCUGCAGCUGCAGUGUGCUGCCAUGGGGGUCCCAGCCCCCAGCUACCAGUGGUACCGCAAUGGGAACCUGCUGGAGCAGCAGAAGAGAAAAAAGCUCUGGAUUGCCCACACCAAGGUCAGUGACUCCGGCACGUACCUCUGCUGUGCCUCCAACAGUCGUGGAGAGCAUUGGACCAACGCCGUGGACGUUCACAUCGCAGGUACGUGUGGCUCUGGAAAGUUUUUUGCUACAGGCAAAAUAGCACUUUUGGUGGGCAACAACCGCUACCAGCACCACCCCAACCUGAUGGCUCCCAUGAGGGACGUGUUCGAGCUGAGGCGUCUUCUGGAGCAUCUGGGCUUCCAGGUUGUCUCCCUGCUGGAUCUGAACAAGGCUGAGAUGGCAGCAGCAGUCAGUCAGUUCCUGCAGCUCCUGGGGAAGGGAGUCUAUGCUAUAUUCUACUAUGCUGGGCAUGGUUAUGAACAUCUGGGGAGGAACUACAUGGUCCCUGUUGAUGCUCCACAACCCUAUGCCCCUGAGAACUGCAUCAGCGUGCAGAGGAUCCUCCAGAAGAUGCAGCAGCAGCAGACAGCCCUGAACAUCAUCCUGCUGGACACCUGCAGGAAGUGGUACAACCCAGGACGUGCCUUGUCCCAGGUGCAGCCACUGGAGCCCUGGGGAAACACAGUCUAUGGCUAUUCCACGAGUGAAGAUGCAGAGGCCUAUGAAUUGCAGGAUGGGGAGUUCAGCUCUGGGAUCUUCAUGAAAUACCUGAAGAAACACAUUCUGCAAGAGAAGAAGGUCACACACAUGCUGGAGGAUGUGUUAGAAGACAUUGGCCGUGAUCCCCUGGUCACUGGGAAGCAGGUGAUGGAGAUCAGGCACACUCUGAAGGAAGCCCGGGCUCUGACGGACCCCGUCUGUCCCUCAGGAGCGGCCGCUGAGCUCUGGGGACACGGCCAAGAGCUGCCGAGCAGAGCGGUGACCUUCCCGUGUGGGGCGCGGGUGAAGCUCCGCUUCCUCCGGCUCUUCUCCAACCUGAUGUUCGUGUGUGCCCAGCCGCAGCCCCCCCUGGCCCACGUCACCGACCCCCAGCUCCUGCUCCGCCAGCUCGCCGAGACAGAUGAUGUGGCCAUCCAGAGGGAAAGCUGUCUGGACCACGUGGAGACUCUGCUGGCCUCUGUGUACAAGCGGGAGGAGCUGGACUGUGUCUUCCAGCUCUGUGCACUGCAGAAAAUUCAGACAGAUGUGGUCCUGCAGUUGGAUUUGCAUUACACCCAGCCCGGCACAAAACAGAGGACUUGUGAAAGCCUGCAAACGACUCUGCAGAAAUCCCUGCUGAGGCAGUUUUUCAGCCAGAGGGACAACUGGCAGCGAGCUCCUGCCCACACAGGCAGCGUGUGCCCGCAGGACGUGCUGGGGCUGGGCACUGACCCAAAGGGCUCCCCGGGCACUGACCCCAAGGGCUCCCCGGGCACCGACCCCAAGGGCUCCCCGGGCACCGACCCCAAGGCCUCCCUGGGCACGGGCUCUGGCCGCAGCUUGCCCAGCAGCAGCCCCUCCAACUUCAGCAGCGAGCCCGAGGAGAACGACGAGAGCGACCUGGGCGAGCUCUGCUUGGCACUGAAUCAGACUGGCCUGGGGCAGGACAGGCCCUGAGCCUCAGCCUGGGGAGCUGCUCUUUUCACUGAGGCCUUGAUUUGAGUGCUAAAUCUGGCAGAAUCCAUCAGCUGCUUCCCAGCCUUGGCAUCGCCCUGUCUGAAUGAGGCCAAGGCUGCUUUUUUGGAAAGGUUUCUCCUAUCUGCGCUCUGUGGUGUGCAGGGCCUCAGUUCCCACUGGGAAUAUUCCCAGUCCCAUGGGAGCGUUGGGAUCAGUGGGGAGUCAUUGUGGUGUCUGGCAGGGGACACAGCCACCCACCAGUCAUAACACUGCCAGGCAGAAGUGGUGUUGCUGCCAGGCAAGGGCACAGGCUGGCGUUUUUUGCCUGAAAACAAAUGUUGCUGCAUUGAGUGUGAUGAGAAGCCACAAACACUACAGACCCCUCUGGCUCAAAUCCCAGCUAUGACUUGCUGGAUCUCCCCAACCUGUGCAAGGGACACAGGGCUGCCCCAAGGGAACCAUGUGAAACAGUCUGGGGUCCCAGUGUGGUUUCCUUGCCAUGCCUGUGUCAAGGCAGGUGUUAAGUUAUGCAUUUAUGUAAUUCUGAAGCAUGUAUUUAUAAUGGAGGGUGGGGGGGGGGGGCAGUAGCUGGCCACGAAAAGGAAGGUCAGAUGUUGCAUCCAGUGUUUGUUUACAUUGGAGGCUGGUGUUGCACUGGACCAGGAAUAGUGUCCAGGCAGGUGCAGACACCUGCCCCUUCCAGCAUGGUACAGAGGCAUUAGAGGGUGUUCAGCCCUCUGCAGUUCUGAGUUCUUCUCAGGUGCAGAAUAUCCUAUGGGAGAGAUGGAAUGUACCAGGAUUGAGAAAGGAUAACCUCAGGAAAGGUUUUAUUAGUGUAAAUUGUUUUGUCUGUGUGCUGUGGGUGACCCCAGGCACUCUGUGGAGAGGCACAGGUGGGCAGGGCCCAAAGGACAGCCUGGGUGGGCACAGGCCCCUCCCUGACUGUUUCCCUAAUAAAUGUUUGAUAAAGAUUGUUCAGUAAGGGCCAGUGACCCUGGGGAAGUGUGGGGUCUCAUCUUUGGUGGAAGGUUCACUUUGGAGUUCAGAAGCUGCCAAUGACCUGAUCCAGCUGGCUGAGGGCUGGACCAGAGACCACUGGAGAUCCCUGCUGGCUGCUGUGGCUCUGUGCAAGAAAGAGGUUGGAGGGCAGAACUUCUUGAGAGGUCAAGGGCAGCAGGGUGGGAAGAAUGCCUGUGCUCUGUCUUGCUUUAAAAGAGGGUUGGAGGCAGAACUUUCUCAGUUUGGCUCUCCUUCAGUGAUGAUACAUCCCUGUCUGUGCUGUCAGUUGCAGCAUAGAAAAAUCUGAAAUGUUGCUUCCAGAUAAACCAUUCUACAAGUACUGGAAACCUGUCCAAAGAGAACAGAGGAGGCUUUUAUUCUUCUCACAGUGAGUAGAGCCAAGGGAAAGAAGAGGGGCCCCAGCUGGCUGCAGACUAGAAAGUCUCCUAGGAAAAAAAAAAAUCUAAAGCUCAAAAAAAAAAAUAAUAGAUUCAGGGGAUGUAUUUUAAAUAAGAUGGCCUGAUAGAGAAGCUAAAUGAGAAAAUAAUAAACUUAUUUCAGAAUGAACCAAAGAUCAACUCAACACCAGCAGGCACUGGGGACAGGUCAGUGGGAAUGGCUCAGCAGGCAUUUGGGAGAAGCUGGGGCUCUUGUUGCCUCUGAGGAUUAAUCACACCCUCCUGUGCUGUUGAGGCACUGAGGCAUGGCUUGUUCCUGGCUCACAUUAUCAUACCAAGUGUCAUCUAAUGUGAAUGUUUAUCUCAUUCAAAGCAAGGCUGUUUAUUUUUUCUGAAUAAAACACUAUUGGGUGUUUUUAAUGCACGAUGCUUCACGUGGCUCUGAGUUAACUGUGUUUAUUUUCCCUCUAAUUGCCAGGGUGUAACUUAAUAUUGAUCUGCUGGGGUUUCAUGCUUCCAGCCUGAGCUUCUAGGCUCUUCUGGGUGAGCAUUCUUUUUUUAGGCAACUAAAAAUACUGAAGUUUGGAUUUAGAAGGUGGAUCAAGUGACUAACUAGGAUGAAAUUAUGUCAGGUGAAAUGUGUAGAUUAAAAAAAAGUCUUAAUUUGCUGUGA